AUGAGUGAUUCUAAAUCGUUUGUAAAUUUUUCAUGCCAGAGAUGUUUACAACCUUUGAAACUGGACGAAUCUCUUAACAAUCUUGGAGAGCACACGAUCGCUGAUUUGACGCUGCAGAUUCGUCGGAAUAAUGAAGCGGAUCUUGAUUUGCAGUCAUCUAGUUUGGACCAUUAUGUGCCUCCGUUUCGUAUGUCUGAAUCAGGUAACGGGGCCAACGGAUUCAUGGUAAUCUCAGACGGAUGGGAAACUACAUCUAUUGGACAUCAAUUGCAUGUUAAAGCCACAUUAUUUGAUUUGCUCUCCAAUAAUUCUGAUGUAGAUCAUCCAUUAUGUGACGAAUGCACUGACACGCUAUUAGAAUUAAUGGACAACCAAUUAAGACUCGCUGAGGCCGAGUGGAAGGAUUAUAACGAUUAUCUAAAGAAAUUAGAAGACGAUAAAGAAGAUUUGAACUUGGAAGGACUCGAGAAGGAACUAGAAGAUUGGAAACAGGAGCAGAGUCGACUUUUACAGGAGUUAUCUGCUUUACAGAAAGAAGAAAAAGCUAUGAAAGACGAGAUAGACAUACAAGAGAAAGAGAAGGAUAGAUUAGAAGUCGAACAAGAGAUAUAUUGGAAGGAAUACACGAGAUUUCGCAAAGAUUUGAUGACGACUGAAGAUCAAAUUAAAUUCUAUGAGUGUCAAUUAUCAUAUACACAAACACAGCUGGACAAACUGAAGAAAACGAAUAUAUUUAAAGCCACAUUUCAUAUAUCAGAUUCGGGACAGUUUGGUAUUAUUAAUAACUUUAGGCUCGGUCGGCUGCCGUCGGCACCUGUUGAUUGGUCUGAAAUCAAUGCCGCGUGGGGACAAACGGUGUUAUUAUUAUCAUCAUUGGCUAGAAAAAUCAAUUUCUGUUUCCAACGAUAUAGAUUAGUACCAUAUGGAAAUCAUUCUUAUAUUGAGGUUUUGGAAGAUCAGAAAGUGUUACCGCUCUAUGGUUCAGGCGGUUUCCGUUUUCUUUGGGAUACUAAAUUUGAUGCGGCCAUGGUAGCAUUUUUAGAUUGUGUCCAACAAUUUAAGGAACAAGUCGAGAAGGGCAACACAGGUUUUUGUUUGCCGUACAGAAUUGAUAAAGGGAAAAUCGAAGACACUGCUUCCCCACCGCAUGCAUAUUCAAUUAAAAUCCAAUUUAAUUCCGAAGAGCAUUGGACGAAAGCCCUAAAAUAUAUGUUGACGAACUUAAAAUGGGGUCUAACAUGGAUAUCGUCGCAAAUAAGCGAAGACAAUAUUGAGAAUUGA